CUCAUACAUGGCUGGUGGGAUUGUGCCUUUGGACAACCUUUAUGGAGGACAAUUUGGCAAUACCUGUGAAAUAUUACAUACACAUAUACUCUUUAACACAGCCAUUCUGUGUAAAAUGAUGAAUUUCCAAGUUUAUUCACUGUAUGUUUGUAACAGCAGAGAUUGGAACCAUCUUUAUGUGGAACAUUAUGGGCCGAGGAUAUUAUGUGUAUCCUUACUGGUGUCUGGUCCUAUAGGAAGUUGAGGAGAUGGGACUACAGUUCCAUGAGAGCACAGAUGUAGAUGCCUAUUUGAUAGUCAUUGGUUUAGGCGUAAAGGUCGAAGUGAGAUAGAAUCAGUUCAUCUUAGAAAAGACUGGUUCUGGAAAGAGCUGGAGGUUUUAGAGAGGGAGAUCCCAGGAAGGUUGAGGAAGAGACAGAAAGGAAGCCAAGGUGUUGUGAUGCUCUGGAAGCCAGAGAGGGAGUCUGAGACUCUGCGCAGGGUACAGCCCAAGGAUAGGACACUCCUGGGCCGGAACGACACUGCUGACUUAUGAAUCAACCCUGGAUUUGCCCUUCCACUGGACUUCUUGUGCUGUGGGAGAAGAAACUCUCAGUGUCCUCCUCAGAAAAUUCAAGGGGUUGUAUUUUCUAAUAUUUGAGCUCCGCUUCCCCCUCCAGCCCUGAAGCCCAGACACGCAGACAGCCUUUGACCUUUCUGCGUCGGUCGCCUAGGAGACGAGCGCCUCUCCGGGAGACACGCGCCUCUCCGGGAGACGCAGGCGCUUCCUGAGGCCACGCCCCUUUCCCGCAGGCGGGCGCUGAUUGGCCCGUUUGAAAUGCGCCGGGCGCGAGCUCACCUGGUCCCGGAGCUGCUUCUCCAGGCUUUUCUGAGCGCCACGCCUGAGCUGCCGAGCGCCGGUGCCCGCGGCCGGUCCCUGCGGCCCGCCGUCCUCGCCAGCCCGCCCGACCGAGUCCGGCGUCCCGCUCGCACGUCUGGGCAGCGCGGAGCCUGCUGCCAUGAAGCCAGCACUCAGUAUUCAUUUAAACAAGUAUUUGGCACUCAUACCACCCAAAAGGAGCUCUUUGAUGUUGUGGCUAAUCCCUUGGUAGAUGACCUCAUUCACGGCAAAAAUGGUCUCCUUUUUACAUAUGGUGUGACGGGAAGUGGAAAAACUCACACUAUGACUGGUUCUCCAGGGGAAGGAGGACUGCUUCCUCGCUGUUUGGACAUGCUCUUUAACAGUAUAGGGUCGUUUCAAGCUAAACGAUACGUUUUUAAAUCUAAUGAUAGGAAUAGUAUGGAUAUACAGUGUGAAGUUGAUGCUUUAUUAGAACGGCAGAAAAGAGAAGCCACGCCCAAUCCAAAGACCCCCUCUAGCAAACGACAAGUAGAUCCAGAGUUUGCAGAUAUGAUAAAUGUACAAGAAUUUUGCAAAGCAGAAGAGGUUGAUGAAGAUAGUGUCUACGGUGUAUUUGUCUCUUAUAUUGAAAUAUAUAAUAAUUACAUAUAUGACCUAUUGGAAGAGGUGCCGUUUGAUCCCAUAAAGCCUAAGUGGAAUAGUUGCAGCGCGCCCAUGAGGAACACAGAUUUUGUACCUCCACAAUCUAAGUUGCUUCGCGAAGAUAAGAACCAUAACAUGUAUGUUGCAGGAUGUACAGAAGUAGAAGUGAAAUCUACUGAGGAGGCUUUUGAAGUUUUCUGGAGAGGCCAGAAAAAGCGACGAAUUGCUAACACACAUUUGAAUCGUGAGUCCAGCCGUUCCCAUAGUGUGUUCAACAUUAAAUUAGUUCAGGCUCCCUUGGAUGCGGAUGGAGACAAUGUCUUACAGGAAAAAGAACAAAUCACUAUCAGCCAGUUGUCCUUGGUAGAUCUUGCUGGAAGUGAAAGAACUAACCGGACAAAAGCAGAAGGGAACAGGUUACGUGAAGCUGGUAACAUUAAUCAGUCACUAAUGACGCUAAGAACGUGUAUGGAGGUCCUGAGAGAGAAUCAAACGUAUGGAACUAACAAGAUGGUUCCAUAUCGAGAUUCAAAGUUAACCCAUCUGUUCAAGAACUACUUUGAUGGGGAAGGGAAAGUACGUCUGAUCGUGUGUGUGAAUCCAAAGGCCGAAGAUUAUGAAGAAAGCUUGCAAGUCAUGAGAUUUGCAGAAGUGACCCAAGAAGUUGAAGUAGCAAGACCAACAGACAAGGCAAUAAGUGGUUUAACGCCGGGAAGGCGAUACAGAAACCAGGCCCGGGGAGGUCCUGUUGGAGAUGAACUGCUGGUUUCAGAAGUGGUUUUGCAGAGUUUUCCACCUUUGCCAUCCUGCGAAAUUUUGGAUAUCAAUGACGAGCAGACUCUUCCCAGGCUGAUUGAAGCACUAGAGAAACGACAUCACCUACGACAAAUGAUGAUUGAUGAGUUUCACAAACAGUCUAUUACUUUUAAAGCUUUGUUGCAAGAAUUUGACAAUGCUGUUUUAAAUAAAGAAAACUACAUUCAAGGAAAACUAAGUGAAAAACAAAAGGUGAUCUCAGGACAGAAAUCGGAAAUUGAACGACUGGAAAAGAAAAACAAAACUUUAGAAUACAAGGUUGAGAUUUUAGAGAAAACAACGACUAUCUAUGAAGAAGAUAAGCGCAACCUGCAACAGGAGCUGGAAACCCAGAAUCAGAAACUUCAGCAACAGUUCUCUGACAAGCGCAGACUAGAAGCCAGGCUGCAAGGCAUGGUGACAGAAACAACCAUGAAGUGGGAGAAAGAAUGUGAGCGUCGAGUGGCAGCCAAACAGCUGGAGAUGCAAAAUAAACUCUGGGUGAAAGAUGAAAAACUGAAACAACUGAAGGCUAUCGUUAUUGAACCCAAAACUGAACGGCCAGAGAGACCCUCUCGGGAGCGCGAUCGAGAAAAAGCUACUCGAAGAUCUGUUUCUCCAUCACCAGUACCGCCUUCUAGUAACUGUAUUGCUCAGAUUUCCAACGGCCAGCAACUCAUGAGCCAGCCACAGCUACAUAGGUGCUCUAACUCUUGCAGCAGCAUUUCUGUAGCUUCCUGUAUUUCGGAAUGGGAGCAGAAAAUUCCUUCGUACAACACACCUCUCAAUGUCACAUCUAUUGCAAGGCGUAGGCAGCAGGAGCCAGGACAAAGUAAAACUUGUACCGUGUCAGACAGAAGGCGAGGGAUGUACUGGACUGAAGGCAGGGAGGUGGUUCCUUCACUCAGAAAUGAGAUAGAAAUAGAAGAGGAUCACUGCAGCAGGAAUGCAGCACCAGUUCGUCUGCGACACAGACGAUCACGCUCUGCGGGAGACAGAUGGGUAGCUCAUAAGCCUGCCUCUAACCUGCAAACUGAGACAGUCAUGCAGCCACAGGUCCCUCACGCCAUCACUGUAUCUGUUGCAAAUGAAAAGGCACUAGCUAAGUGUGAGAAGUACAUGCUGACCCACCAGGAACUAGCCUCCGAUGGGGAGAUUGAAACUAAGCUAAUUAAGGGUGAUGUUUAUAAAACAAGGGGUGGUGGACAAUCCGUCCAGUUUACUGAAAUUGAGACUUUGAAACAAGAAUCACCAACUGGUCGAAAACGAAGAUCUUCCACAAUAGCACCUGCCCAACCAGAUGGAACAGAGUCUGAAUGGACCGACGUAGAAACAAGGUGUUCUGUGGCUGUAGAGAUGAGAGCAGGGUCUCAGCUGGGGCCUGGGUAUCAGCACCAUGCACAACCCAAGCGCAAGAAGCCAUGAAUUGACAGUCCCAAUAACAAAAGAACAUUUUCAUUAGUGUUGGUGAUUUCUCCAAAGCAAUGCCAGAAGGAGUCUUCCGAACGAAUCAUCUUAUAGAACUCCAGCUUUGUUGAAUACCACAGAUCUCAGAUGUCAUCAUACACUGGCCUACAUAAAGAUUCCCCUAUGGCUCCAAAGAUAUCUAGGAUUCUACAAACUUUUUAUAUUAUACACCUUGCCAUAUUUAAUAUUAAUAACAGAGAAAGACACCUUUCUCAUGCCGUAUGAACUUUUUUAUAAUGCUAUUUUUUGUAUAUUUCUUGUAUACUUAUAAACUAAUUCAUGCAUGUAUUUGUCUUGGCUGAUUAAGAAAGAAUAUAUCUAGAUCACGCUUUG